AAAGCCAAGAAACUCUUCAUUCGAUCCUCGCCACAUUGUUUUGAACGGGUAAACCAAAACAUCCGAAGCGGCAACGCCGGCAAUGAGAUGACAAUCACCCUCCACGAUUCAACACACGAACGAGGAAGUAGUAGAAGAAGAAGAACCCACCAAGAAAAACUGUUUCUUUAAUCUCCGUUUCGCAUAGCCUAGACUAGCGCCUCGCGACGAUGGACGGCUCGCCUCCGGAGGCGGCGAAGAGGCCGAGCCCCGCGAUGAGCCGCAGCAGCAGCAAGUUCUUCCGGUGCUUCAAGCUGGCCGUCGCCGACGACGACGGCGACGACGAGGGAAAGCGGGGUUCGGACGAGCCGUUGUUCGCGUACGUAGCCGCGAAGGAAGACGACGGCCGUGUUGUGAGUAAGAUUCCGCCGGGGGGUGAAGGAGACGAUGGCUCGGAUGAUCGCCGGAAGAAGAAGAAGAAAGGUUUGAAAUUGUUUUCGCGUGCUUCCAAGGCCGUGUUCUUCGAGACAUCUCUGGAGAAGAAGAUGCAGAAGAGAAAAAGCACGAAGGACUCACUCGAAUCAAUCAACAAUCUGUCGACGAAAGCAGAUAGAAUUCUGAAGCUAAUGCAUCAGAACUCGGGCGGCAGAGUUUUGGACAACGGCGAUGUCCGGAUAACCGAGUCCGAUGCCUCUACGUCUUUGCAUUCCUCCGUCGCCACAACCACAUCGCCUUCCCUGAGCUCUUCACGGUCUUCGAGCACGAAUUCUUCCCUGAGAGAGAGGACCCAGUUAUCAACUCGGUCUAGUUCUUUCAACUCGAAGCAGAUUCAACUGAGCGCCGUAGAGGACGGUAAAGAGCGGCCUUUGUCGUCCGAGAAUUCCGCGAUCUGCCUGCUCCUGCUGACCCUUUUGGUACUGGUCUUGUGGGGCAAGGUCUGUGCCAUCGUUUGCACAUCGACCUGGCUGUUCUUGGUGCCCCGGUGGAGCAUAAUCAACUGCACAAAGUCCCCAUUGGAGAGCUGCGACGAUUCGUCGUACGUGGAUUCUGCAGAGUAUAAGAAGAAGAUCAUCUUGGAAGGUCUGUUACAGAGGAAACGGUCGCGCGGCACACAACCCUCAUGACUCGCGACACAUUGGAACAUGUACAUCAAUGGUGCUGCUUCUUUUUUCUUUUCGAGCUUCAUGAGAUUUUUCGUUCGAGGUUCGGAAACUAUAACACCUACAGGAAAGGAGAAGGGAUUCUUCUCGCCGGUUUCUCGCUUAAUUCUGGAGAAUGUCGGGGAAAUCCCGGGUUCAGAAGCUUUGGAUCGUUGAAACCGGCGAACUCUAGCUUAUAUUUUUCUAACUAUGUUGAUCAUUUUUGCGGUCUACUAGCUUGUGAUCCGGGUUGCUCGAACUGCACUGGGAAGCCAUUGUUGUGUUCUGAGCCUGUAACAUCGGAAUCUAGUCAAGUCCUGAUACUAUACAAAUGUAAAUACGAGAAUGAAACGUACUUUCUCUUGUCUUAAUCGAAUUAUUAAUAUUGUUUUCCGUGGAA